GCCAUGCCCUGGCGCUCCUAAAACCGUCAUUUCUCCUCCCAUUUCCUUCCCCGGUCCUCCGAGCCGCCAGAGGACGCCGGUAGGGCCGGGGACACCCAACCCUGCUCCUGCUCCCGGCUGCGGGUACGGGGCCCGAUGGAGCGGUCGGGCGGCGGGCGUGUGGUGCUGUGCCUGCUGUGCGGGCUGCCGGCCGCCGGCAAGUCCACGCUGAGCCGGGCCCUGCGCCGCCUCUUGCCGCCCCGCCAGGGCUGGGACUGCGCCGUGCUGGUCUACGACGAGCUGAUCCCGCAGGAGGCCCCCGGCCCGGCGGAGCCCGGCUGGAAGCGGCGGCGGCGGGAGGUGCUGAGGCACCUGGAGCGCCUCCUGAGGGCCCCGGCGGCCUGCGCCGAGCGGGGGCUGCUGGAGCCGGGGGCCGCCGCCGGGCCGCUCUGCAUCGUCCUGGAUGACAACUUCUACUACCGGAGCAUGCGAUACGAGGUGUACCAGCUGGCUCGCAAGUAUUCCCUGAGCUUCUGCCAGUUAUUUCUGGAGUGCCCGCUUGAACAGUGCUUGCAGAGGAAUCGCCUGAGGAGCCACCCAGUCCCCGACGAGACGAUACGGCUGAUGGCAACAAGAAUAGAACUGCCGGACCCCAAGAAAUAUGCCUGGGAGCAGAACAGCCUGGUUCUGAAAAGUUCUGAAUGCCCCUCAGAGGAAGAGUCUGAUGCGGCAUUGAUGAAGGGUUUUUAUGCACAGAUAAUUAAUUUGCUGGCCACUGCUUUGGAAAAUCCAGUGAAGCAAAAUGAGGAAAAUACUGAGCAGAAGGAAGCUGAUCGAGUGGCCUGUGCAGCUAGUACUGUCCAUCAAGCUGAUCAGACAUGCCGACGAGUCAUCUCUCAAACAAUGAAGGAGGCAAAAGAUAAAAACAUGCUUCCAAGUGAGAUGAAGAGCCUGGCAGAAGAACUCAACAAACUCAAAGCAGCAUUUUUGGAAGAUUUGCGGCAAGAAACUCAUCUGAAUAAUCAAACUGGCCAACAAAAUCACUCUUUUGACCCUGCUACAAGUGUAUUUUCUUCAUUCCAAUGUGAGGCAACCAGUGUAGUUAAUAAAUAUAUUUUAAAAUAAUGACAGAGUAUAUUUUAAAAUAAUGACAGUGUUGGAUUGCUUUUAAGAAUAAAAAGCA